GGCCCGGAAGUUUUCUGGAAGCAACGAAGCUCAUCCCGUUGUUGACUAGACGAGACAAAGCUCAGCCAGCGUUCCACCUGGUGGCACCCUCAUUGCCAAACUUUGGCUUCUCAUCUGCGGUAAAAAAGGAAAGGAUUUGGCUUGGUUCAGUAUGCCGAAGCAAUGCACAAUGUCAUGGUGGCUUUAGGCUACAAAGAAUACGUAGUACAAGGUGGUGAUUGGGGUAGCAUAAUCGCCCGUGUUAUGGCAAACCGCUACUCCGACCACAUCAAGGCUGUUCACCUAAAUUUUCUCCCGGUGGCUCUCCCGUAUCCAUGGCGGAGUCCUCUUGUGUUUCUUCGAUCCCUCUUCACUAUUCCCUUCUCGCCAGAUGACAAGGCUCACUUGGCAGCUACCAGGGACUAUCUGACGCAAGGGAAUGCUUACAUGCGUCAGCAGGAGACCCGUCCGCAAACGCUGGGCUAUGCCCUUCAGGACAGCCCCGUGGCGCUGCUCGCUUGGAUUUAUGAUAAGUUGCACUCCUGGUCCGAUAGCUAUCCGUGGACAGACGACGAAAUUCUUACCUGGGUGAGUAUCUACUGCUUCUCGACCGCGGGACCAGCGGCUUCAGUUCGGAUCUACUACGAAGCGGCACGGAAUGACUCUACGGCCACUGCCCCAGGAAUGUCCACGAUCGAUGUUAUCUCGAAACCUACUCCUAGCAAUGUCAAGCUCUCUGUGGCCCAGUUCAAGACGGAGUUGAUUCGAGUGCCAAUGUUAUGGACUGGACUGGCUGGGUCUGUCGUUAGAGCUAGGGAGUUUGACUGCGGUGGCCAUUUUGCAGCGUGGGAAGUGCCGGACCUCCUCGCAGACGACCUGAAGAAUUUCCUGGGAAGAAAUGGGCAGGCAUAUGGAGCUGUAUCCGGAAAGGAUGGGUACUGAUCGCCCGUUCAGCUAAUUCAGGUUGGGUCGUAGAUACUUGAAAUUCCAGAGAUAACGAAUUAGUACUAGGACCGACAUGAGGAGAUCUAGAUUCUAAUUCCCUGUAUUCUUAUCCUACCUAUGUCCUCACUGAGCACUGCCUCGUCUUAAUCGCUGAUAUGUGACAUCAAGUGGAGACCUUAGACGCCGGAAGCUGUUUUCAACCAGGAAAUUGCAAUCGUGGUAAUGGAGCUUAAAAUUAAAGAUCUGAAUAACAUAACAA